AUGCUUUCUGUACCUAGCCUCCUCGAUUGUUGGAGCGUGCGUGAUAUCGCGCGUUUCCGACGAGUGCUCAAGGGGAACCCUUCUGAGCGCUCAUCGUCCCAUGGGCGUUCACCGGCCUCGUUUGGCACGAGUGCGAGUGGCCUUUCUCAUGGUCCCUGCGCACCAGCCGAGGUCAAUCGCCGUGAUCACUUCGGUCGCACUGUCUUACAUCUACUGUGUGCCAGCGACGAUCCGUUGGCCACUGAGUUUCUGCAGCUCCUGCUGACGCAUCCAUCUGUGAAUGUUAAUCUCCAGGACGAGGAGAGCGGCUGGACCGCACUGCAUCGUGCACUAUAUGCAGGUCAUAUCCACAUCGCACUCAUACUGCUGGAGCGCACGGAUAUUGACUACUACAUCAAAGACUGGGAAGGCCUCACGGCGUUCGACUUGUACAACACGACCGUUGAAGGGACAUGCCCCAGUAAUAUGGACGAAGGCAGCGGAGCCGACUUAUUUGUCUGGGGUGGCAACCGAAACUACACUCUGGGGCUUAGCCACGGCAAUGAUAGCGCGUUGCCUGAGCGCGUCAAGCUCAAAUGCAACGAGCGACGCACACCACUCAUUGCUGGCGCCCGCUUUAAUCGACCUCAUGUUCGUGAUAUUUCCAUGUCACGUUGGCAUACCGUCCUCGCCACUAAUGAGCCCCGCAAAAAUGUAUACGUUUGCGGCAUCGGAUCUCAGGCUCGGUUGGGACGCUCAGCGCAGUCGUUGCCAACAUUUGAGCCACUGCGUGACUUUAGUGAUACAGCAAACAUUGUCGUUGCAGGAUCCGAUCACACUAUUAUUGUCACUGAAACUGGCGCUGUGUAUACCUUCGGCUCGAACCGUAUGGCUCAGUUAGGCUACGCUAUUGAAGAAGGGCUGGGCGUCGUGUCCUCGUCGUCCGGCACCAAGCGAUCUGGUGCCACAAGUCAUCCAAAUCAGCACUCACUGCAAGGUCCGGUUUCGGACGUCAGUGGCGUCGAGCUAGACUUACAAGUCACGCCGCGGCGAGUGCAAGGACCAUUGAAACGUGAGGUGAUUAUUGGCGCUGCGGCGAGUCGACUGCAUUCUGUCGCCUACACUGCCAGUGCCUUGUACACAUGGGGCACGAACAAUGGCCAACUUGGGUACGACCGCCAUUCUGCUCCGGUGCAAGUGCAACCACGACGUGUCACCGUAGUGAGCGUGCCUGUCCGCCAAGUGGCCGCGACAGAAUUUGCCACGGCUUGCCUGUUGGAAUCGUGGGAUGUCAUGCUUCUUCAUGGCGACGCGAACUAUCGUGUAAUGUUCCCAUCACCGCGUGUGACGAGUGACGUCGGCAUGUUUCGACCACGUCAAAUGCAGCCCAAGCCUUGCAUCCGUAAACUCACUUGCUCCGGCACAACGUUCGCUGCUCUGUCGGAUCUGGGCGACCUGUUUACCUUCCACGUGGAGCACUCCAGCACGACGGGCGCCAAAGUUGUGCCGCCUCGUCCCCACCUUGUUUGGAGUGUUCGGCGCAAGUUUUCGGCUGUUCGCGAUGUCGCAAUUGGAAAUGAUAAUGCUUUGAUUCUAUGCACUGCUGAUGGCCAUGUCUACGUUCGUGCCCAAAAGUUGGAGCUGAAAGUCAAGUCACGAACUCCCAAAUUCCAACUUGUUCCUUACUUGCAGCGAAUCGUUCAAGUGAGGGCCAAUGUGACAGGCAGCUUUGCUGCUAUGCAAGUACCCUGGCGUCUGCCAACUAUACCUAUCCGUGGCCGCUCACUGGAGCAGGAUCUCGUGUCGCUGGUAUCGCCAAUUCAAGGCAUGCUCAUAGCCGGCCCAGUCGCAUGCGAAACGUUACACACGGACAAUGGCGACGAGAACGAGGAAGACUUAUCUAACUCUCAUGUGCCGCGCUAUGUGUCGCAGGCCAAGGCCCUGCUAUCGCACAUAAACGAAGCGCGGUCCAAAUUCGUAUCACGGGACAAUGCGUCUCAUCAUGAUGCCGUUCUACUUGUUGAACAUGGCGCUUACGCCAUUCCCGUGCACCGCCUCAUGCUCGCCUUGCGCAUCCCGAAUCUUGCCUCUGUUGUGUGGCGGGGCGGCGAGGCAUAUGGCGUAAAGGUGCGCGACGCACACACCGUGGACUGUGGAAAAUUGUCUUUUGCAUCCGCCAUGUUCCUCUUACUCUAUCUUUAUACGGACGACAUGCCUCCGGUAUGGUGCGCCAGCGUCGGAUACUUGGUCGCAGAACAAGCGCGUCAGGCGGACUUUGACGUCCGCCUUGUGUAUUCUGAGCUAUACGAGUGGGCUACCUCCCUGUCUAUGACAGCAUUGCAAGAAUUUCUUGCAUCUCGACUCGUCAAGCCGCCCCGUCAAACUUUGCAUCCCCAGCUCCAUGAACUUUUCGAGGGUUUGCUUACUCAGAAACCUCUGCCCGGUGCGGAUGUUGUGCUACAUCUAGCUGACGCGGAUAUCACAUGCCAUUCCAUCUUUUUGCGUCGCUCGCCUAUGCUCGAAUCUCUGUUGGACUGGCGCGCGAUGCGGGGUGAUUCCGGCUACGUACAUAUCGAUAUGCCGCACUGGACGUGGCCUAUCAUGCGUGUUGGUCUAGCCUUCCUGUAUAUGGACGCGGAUACUGCUGCUUUCCAGGGCACGGAUGAAGAUAAGUCGCCGGACCAAUUUAUUGACUUUGUGCUGGAUGUACUACAGCUCGCCGAUGAACUGCUGCUAGAGAAGCUGCAGCAUAUCACAUAUGGCUUCCUGUCACCUCGAGUCAAGCCCACGAAUGUCGCUGCACUCUUGUCCGAUGCACUGCGUCUCAACGCACCGGCCUUUAGCCAGGUUUGCAUGGAGUACGCAACGCGUCAUCUCGAGACGCUGCUGGAAAUGGGAUGCCUAUCGAGUUUAGACGUGAGGGAGCGCCGUAUUCUUGCCGAAUAUAUUCAGGCGCAGCAGGACCGGGUCUUACAUCGAUCUCUCGCUCGUGAUCGCAUGCUAGCGCUUUCGAUAAAGCAUCAGGACUACAUUGCCGAGCUCGACUUGCCCAAACCAUCCCUCAAUUUGGCGUGCCUCAAAGUGCCCAAACGUAUGAAGUCGCCUCGCAUUGCACCUGUUGACGAUAUGCCCGCACCCAGUACUCCUUCACUACAGCUGCAAGGUGACGAGAGCCUCUUGUUUACCAUGGACGAUGUCGCGCCAGAACCUUUGCCAGAACCAGCAUGGCAAACUGUGGGUGCGAGACCCCCUCGGCAACCGCGGCGUUCUUCUGAUGCACCCCUCGCAUCGUCUCCGCCGAUGAGUGCGCCGCGAUCCUCGCAGAAAGAGCAGCGGCCUAUGGGUUUAUCACCUCCUUCUACGACUUCUCCUAUCACACCUGGUGCACAGACGUCCGUCAUACAAAUGUCGUUGGCCACCAAAGUCACUCAAAAGGAGCGCAAGAAGCAGCAGCAGCAACAACAACAGCGGGCACUUUCUUCCGAAUCACGACCCGCAUGGAAACCUACUUCAUCCAAGUCACGCAAGUCGGAUGUGUGGGGCACUUCACCCAGUUCUCUUCCCGGCCCAUCAUUGCCCGGGACACCGCCAGCCCAAUCCUUUGCUGAGAUCCAAGCACAACAACAAGCAGCCAUGGUACAGCAGCGUGCUCAACAGAUUAAACCCAAGAGCUUUGCACAAAUCCUGCAUGAAGAACGCGUUGCACAACAGCAGGCAGACCGUGAUCGCCAGGAAGCUGAGGCGUUUGAGCGCUGGUUCGAGGAAGAAAGUCGGCGUGUACAGGAACAAGAAGCACGUCUAGCUCAACGUGGAGAUCAAUCACGACGUGGACGUCCACGACGUGGACGUCGGCGUGGCAAAGCGAAUCCAGCCAUGGCCCGAAUAGAUGAUGACUAG